CCCUUGGUGGCCCCUCCCCCUCCCAUAGGGCCAUCCAGUCCCUUCCCCAGAGCCGCUCUUCCUAUGUCCUCUGACCCCCUCCUCCUUCCUACCCUGCUUUGCUGGACGCACCGGGUGCCCAGCGAGCCCCAUUUCCCGAACCUCCAGGGAGCAGGGGCGUGGGAGGAGGGCAAACUGCCGGCAGGGAGGCCCAGAAUAAAGGCACCAGACAGAGGACACACACAGGCACACGCACACAGGCCACUGGACGGACAGAGACCUGAACAGACUGGAAGAUCGACAGAGACAGAGAGACAGACAGAGACAGAGACAGAGAGAGGGGGGGAAACUGACCAACUCACAGAGUCAGAAUACAAAGAGACACAGAAAGAGGGAGAGAAAGAGAAAUGGAGAAUUAGACGCCGACGAGAGAUACCGGGAGGAAGGCAGCCCAGACUGCGGGGAGGCCCUAGAAGAGGAGGAGAAGCCAGGCCGCGUCAGGGGGGAUGGAGGGGCGUCCGGCAGAGAUGUAGCGCUGGACGGGCCGGGCGGGUGGGCAGGGGAACAGCUGCCUCAGCCGGGGUGGGGGCAUGGGAGGGACAGGCGUUCUGCUGCUGCUGCUGCUGGCUGGGGUGGGGGUGGGGGUGGCCUGGAGACCCCCAAAAGGGAAGUGUCCUCUGCGCUGCUCCUGCUCCAAAGACAGCGCCCUGUGCGAGGGCUCCCCGGACCUGCCCGUGAACUUCUCCCCGACCCUGCUUUCACUCUCGCUCGUCAGGACUGGAGUGGCCCAGCUGAAGGCCGGCAGCUUCCUGCGCACGCCGUCACUGCACCUGCUCCUCUUCACGUCCAACACCUUCUCCGUGAUUGAGGACGAUGCGUUUGCAGGCCUGUCCCACCUGCAGUACCUCUUCAUCGAGGACAACGAGAUUGGCUCCAUCUCCAAGAACGCCCUCAGAGGACUCCGCUCCCUCACACACCUAAGCCUGGCCAAUAACCACCUAGAAGCCCUCCCCAGAUUCCUCUUCCGAGGCCUGGAAACCCUGACUCACGUGGACCUCCGCGGGAACCCGUUCCAGUGUGACUGCCGCGUCCUCUGGCUGCUGCAGUGGAUGCCCACGGUGAACGCCAGCGUGGGGACGGGGGCCUGCGGGGGCCCCGCCGCCCUGGCCCACAUGCAGCUCCGCCACCUCGACCCCAAGACGUUCAAGUGCAGAGCCAUAGAGCUGUCCUGGUUCCAGACGGUCGGGGAGUCGGCGCUGGGCGUGGAGCCCUUCUCCUACCAGGGGGAGCCCCACGUGGUCCUGGCACAGCCCUUUGCCGGCCGCUGCCUGGUUCUCUCCUGGGACUACAGCCUGCAGCGCUUCCGGCCUGAGGAAGAGCUGUCCGCGCCGUCGGUGGUGUCCUGCAAGCCGCUGGCGCUGGGCCCCAGCCUCUUCGUGCUGGCCGCCCGCCUGUGGGGAGGCUCGCAGCUGUGGGCCCGGCCCGGCCCCGGCCUGCGCCUGGCCCCCACGCAGGCGCUGGCCCCUCGGCGGCUGCUGCGGCCCAACGACGCCGAGCUCCUGUGGCUGGACGGGCAGCCCUGCUUCGUGGUGGCCGACGCCUCCAAGGCGGGCAGCACCACGCUGCUGUGCCGGGACGGGCCCGGCUUCUAUCCGCGCCAGAGCCUGCACGCCUGGCACCGGGACACGGACGCGGAGGCCCUCGAGCUGGACGGCCGGCCCCACCUGCUGCUGGCCUCGGCCUCCCAGCGGCCCGUGCUCUUCCACUGGUUUGGUGGCCGCUUCGAGAGGCGCACGGACAUCCCUGAGGCCGAGGAUGUCUACGCCACACGCCACUUCCAGGCUGGUGGCGACGUGUUCCUGUGCCUGACACGCUACAUCGGGGACUCCAUGGUCAUGCGCUGGGACGGCUCCAUGUUUCGCCUGCUGCAGCGACUUCCCUCCCGCGGUGCCCAUGUCUUCCAGCCUCUGCUGGUCACCAAGGACCAGCUGGCCAUCCUGGGCAGCGACUUCGCCUUCAGCCAGGUUUUCCGCCUCGAGCCUGACAAGGGGCUCCUGGAGCCGCUGCAGGAGCUGGGGCCGCCGGCCUUGGUGGCACCCCGCGCCUUUGCCCACGUCACCAUGGCCGGCAGACACUUCCUCUUCGCCGCUUGCUUCAAGGGCCCCACGCAGAUCUACCAGCACCACGAGAUCGACCUCAGUGCCUGAGACCCUGGAUGCGGCUCGGGCUGCGACUGCCUAGGGCGCCUUAGGCCUCCGGAUGCUUCUGUGGCUGGCCUCCUGGCCAGGUCCUGCGAGAUACUGACCACAGGCCAAGGUCAUCAGCCACAGGUCUAGGCCUCAGCCCAUGGGACCUUCCAGGCUGCCCUUCGAUCUGAAGCAGCACCUUGGCCGGGGCUGACACCCCCACCCGAGGCAACUUGCAGGCUCCGGGGGGGCCCUGCACAGAGCCAAGUGUGGAGUCAGCGCCCCUCCCCCGCCUCCCUGCUCCCCAGGAAAGUCCUGGGAAGGGGACAGCGCUCUCUCCCUCCAACCUGGGAAGUGGAGGAGCACCCGUCUCACUGACGCCCCCCUGCACGGCACCGCGGGCCACCUCCUGCCGCUGCUCCUGGGCACCCCUGCUGCUGCUGCUGGUGCGGAGCCAGGGCCACUCCUCCUGCCCUUGGCCGCGAAGGGUGGGACCUGGGGAGGUGUCUCCGGAGCCCCGGGCACCCCUUCCAGAUGGGCGAUGGGGGCGAGGGCAAAGUGUAUGGUUCAAUAAAUGCUCUG